AGGAGGUGCAGGAAGAUGAAGCCAACAAGGUGGCGAACGACAGAUAGACCCCGAGAUUGACGCUCAGAACAGCGAACAAUUCGAUAAGCAGCGAGAUGAGCAACGAACGCUGGGUUCUCUUUGAAAUACCUCCCCUGGUGCUUUCCUUCAAACUUCUGGCUGGGGGCAGAGACCGGGAACUGGAAGAGACGUCGGAAGAGCUGCAUUACAAAAUCUUGGCCUUUCCACCCAGCGUUGACCGUGAUCAAGGGCGCAGUUCUCUUGGCAGACGUCAACAGGAGAGAGACAAUAUUAUUCACUUGGUGGAACGAGUGGGGAAUCGAGUCGCGGAGGUCAUCCAGAGGGAAAAGGUAACGAGAACCACGGGCAUCAAAAAGGCUGAUACCUAGCUGUAUCGUCUCAGUUGCAGACGGCGAAGAGGGUCAUUCUAUGACGACA